AUGGCCGAGGGAACAAGUGCGCCUGUGAUUAAUAACAAACCGAUCAGCCGCAGGCAGCCCACCAGCGCUUCGCCGACCAUCCCAUGGGACGCAUGGGACACAUGGAAACGCGUGAGGACGUCAUCUCCGGAGCCUCAACCCCAUGGGUGGACUUUAAGGGAAAGGCAGUCCACUGAAGGACGCGCGAUGCCCACCUUGGGGUUGUUGACGCCCGUGCCUUCCCAUCGUUCGGAGGCCGAUGGUACAACCGAGAAUAAUGAGGACAGUUCCUACGCUACCGCCGCCGAGAGUUUGGGAGAGGGAAAAGGCAAGGCGAGAGCUCGGGAGGGUGAUAGUCCGAAUAUAGCUGCGGCCCCGUGUGACACAGGCGGAGGGAGAGCCCAUGAGUCACACCCGUCUACCCACGCCGAUCUGGUAGGCCCGCCAUUGGGCGGGGCUGAUCCUGCAUCCUUUGAUCCAGAGGUAUCGGUGGAGUCAUUGAUGGAGGAGGAGACAGAAUGGGAGGAAGAACAGUCAGGAUCCGAGGCCAGUUUCUACCUCCUCGACGUUCCAGAUGUGGCAAGCCUGAACGGACUAGCAACCGAGACGUUCUCAUUCGCCAACAGCAGUUUCAAAGGAUCUACAAGCCUAUAUCUCCCACCUGGGGUCCGUCAGCUCGUCGAGGGGAUGAGAGGGACGUUGAAGCUUGAACGGAAGGCGCGCCGCAGGGCUGAAAAACGCCUCGCCGAAGAAGUGGAGCGACGCAUCACGGCCGAGCGCAACGCUACUCAGCUCGCGCAUCAGAACCGGUUCCUCGAGAGUGAAACGCGCAUCUGGGCGAGUGCUACCGCCGACACUUUCGCGUCACAGAUUGUGGAUCGACUCACAAUUUUACACGAGUUGGACCCGGGUAUCGCAUCUCAGGCGGAUCAGGGUCCGCCUGCCGAUGAAGCUGGGAUCUCGGAGCGUUCUCUGAGCGCCCUGCUCGCAGGCCCGGGAACCCACGCAGACAUGGUGCUAGACUCCAUAGAAGAAAUGCUCGCGUGA